GGCAGCCGCUCAAUGGUCUGGGUUUCUUCCGAAAGGGGCCUCGCUAGAUCGGCCAGAGGAGAAUGGCCAAAGGAAAAAUCAAAAUUGACAGAAAUCAAACGGCCUGCCGCCGGGCCGGACUUGCGAUUCCUUUGUUCUCCUAGGCUUCUGGCGUCGUUUCCAUGCCGGCUUCCUUCCUCGGCUGGUCUCGCUUCUCUCUCUUGCAUUUGCUUCUUCUUUGCCUCUGCCUCUGCCUCUGGCAAACCCACUCUGGCACUCACACCCCUCGGGCUAGCGGCAGUCGCAUGUAUCACCUUAAACUUCAUGUCCACAGGUUCGUCUGCUUCCCAGCGCACCCUCGUGCUCUGGAACUCGAUUUCUCAGGCUUUCAAUCUGAUGCGAGGCGGUCAGAGAGACAUUCUAGAAGCUCACACGGACGCGGGAGCCCGCCCACUCGGUUUGUCAAAGCAUGUCGCAUCCUUGCUCCAGAAGCCUGAAGGUAAACUCAAGAAACAGACAAGCAGCAUGCGCGCUACUGUCGAGUCGAGGCAAGAGGCUAGUGACUCUUUUCCACCUUGCACUGCAAAUUGGGUUGGGCUCGCGGAUCGGAGAUCGAGACAACAGUGGCCGUAGGACAAGGACGGCAAAGGCUGCGAAGACGACGGCGUGACCAGCGGGUGCGUGUAAAUGGAGCGAGGCCGGAUAGAGUGUCAUGGACGGGGACUUUUGUCGUAGGGCAC